AAAAUCCCCUCCCUAAAAAGGGGUAUUUCGUUUUUCAACAGUGAAGAAAAAAAAACAAACAAAAAAGCAUCCUUUUCUUCUUUUUGUCAAAGUUUCUAGAGCAAGAAACACAAUCCCAAUAACCCCUUUAUUUCACCAUUUUUGAUGAUUCUAUCCUCUAAGAAGGUGGUAAAGUGUUUGUGUAUAUGUGUGUGAGAAAGGUAGCAGUAUAGCACUUGUUCUUUGUUUUUAAGGAAAAAUGGGAGAUAGUGAAGAAGGUAAUACUGAUUUGAUGCAAAGGAUUCAAUCAUCAUUUGGAACAUCAUCUUCUUCGAUUCCUAAACAAGUUUUAUCAAUGAAUCAUCUUGAAAUACCUCCACUGAACCCUAAUCAAAUCAGGGCUGUUAGGCAUUUCUCUCAUUUUGGACAAAACUUUAACGGCGGCGGCGGUGGAGGUGGCGGCGGUGGUGAUGGUAAUAAAAGAGUUGGUAUUCCUCCUUCACACCCUAACCAGAUCCCACCCAUUUCGCCUUAUUCACAGAUCCCUGUGUCUCGUCCAUCGAGCCAUCAAAUGGGUUCUUCUCAGGGUUUUAGUCCCGGACCGACUCAUUCUCGGUCUUUGUCACAACCUUCGUCGUUCUUUUCGUUCGAUUCGUUGCCGCCGUUGAGUCCUGCGCCGGUGACCCAAAUUUCGAACGAUGUGUGUAUGGAAGAUUCGCAUUCGUUGUUACCACCCUCGCCUUUUCCAAAGGCGAGUUCUCCUCGGGUUGGAGAAAGUUUGCCACCACGAAAAUCACAUAGGCGGUCCAAUAGUGAUAUUCCUUUCGGGUUUAAUACGGUAAUGCAAUCUUCACCCCCACCGUUAAGGGGCAGCGGUUUCGAGAAUUCGGGUGUGCCUAGGCCAGUUCAGUUGGUUAAAAAGGAAACGAGUUGGGAAAGAGGUAUUGAUGGUAACGUUGAAGGAAUGGGUGAGAGGAAAUCGGAAGGGGAAGUCAUGGACGAUUUGUUUUCGGCAUAUAUGAAUUUGGAUAACAUAGAUGCAUUAAAUUCUUCCGAGGAUAAGAACAACAAUAACGAGAAUCACGAAGAUUUAGAUAGCCGAGCGAGUGGAACAAAGACCAAUGGUGGGGAUAGUAGUGACAAUGAAGCGGAAAGCAGUGUGAACGAGAGCGGGAAUAGUGUGACACAAGGCGGAGUUUAUUCAACUCAGAAAAGAGAAGGGAACAAAAGGAGUGCAGGGGGUGACAUUGCUCCUACUUCGAGACAUUAUCGAAGUGUUUCGAUGGAUAGUUUUAUGGGGAAGUUGAACUUCGGUGACGAAUCACCAAAACUACCUCCUUCACCCGGAUCUCGUCCCGGACAACUCUCACCAAGCAAUUCAAUUGAUGGGAAUUCAGCUGCCUUUAGUUUGGAGCUCGGAAACGGUGAGUUCAAUGAAGCUGAACUGAAGAAAAUUAUGGCAAACGAGAAGCUCGCAGAAAUCGCAAUGACUGAUCCAAAGCGUGCAAAGAGGAUUUUGGCUAAUCGUCAAUCAGCUGCUCGUUCCAAAGAAAGGAAGAUGCGGUACAUUUCCGAGUUGGAGCACAAGGUUCAGACCCUGCAAACUGAAGCUACCACAUUAUCGGCUCAAUUAACACUUCUACAGAGAGAUUCAGUUGGGCUUACCAAUCAGAACAAUGAGUUGAAGUUUCGUAUUCAAUCCAUGGAACAACAGGCACAACUCCGUGACGCUCUAAACGAAACAUUAACCGCGGAAGUCCAUCGAUUAAAGCUUGCUACUCAAGAACUAGGCGGCAAUUCUGAUCCAUCCAAAGGCAUGGUCUCGCAGCAGCUUCCCAUUAGCCGCCAGAUGUUCCAGCUACACCAGCAACAGUUCCACCAGCAACAGCAGAACGGGAACACAGCUGCAAAAUCCGAGUCGAAUCAGUAGCUCCCAAGUUCCGGCAUUUGUAAGAUUUGAAAAAAAUCACCGUAUGCCUCAUUAUUUCAUAACUUCAUCUGCAUCCAUUCAUUGGUUUCUGAUUUCCAAGUUUGACGAGUUUCAUGGUCGUGGUAAAAUCACGGUUCAACCUGCCUCAGGUAUCCAUCUCGGAUAACGGAAUAAAGUAAUAUAUAUAUAGCUUAAACAAUUAUAUAUCAUAUAUAGCUAUAGUUUUUUACUUAUUUAUGGUAGAUAAAUUAUAUUGGAAUGUAAGCAGCAAGUUUGACAUGAUUUGUUGCAUUGACAACACAAAAUAUUGGCUUUCUCUUUGUUUGUUUCUAUUAAUUGAGUAUAUUGAUAUUUCAUUUCA